AUGAAAAUGCUCCGGUUCCGAAGCCCCAGCCUCCGAUCUUUGGACCCGGAGAUCCGCUGCACGAUCCGGCUACUGGACGACUCGGAGAUCUCAUGCACCAUCCAGAGAGACACCAAAGGCCAGAUCCUGUUGGACCAUGUGUGUAACCACUACAACCUCCUGGAGAAGGACUACUUUGGGAUCAGAUAUGUGGACCCAGAGAAGCAAAGACACUGGCUGGAGCCGAACAAGCCUGUGGUGCGACAGAUGAAGUCCCAGCAGCCUUACACCAUGUGCUUCCGGGUCAAGUUUUACCCCCACGAACCAAUGAAAAUCAAAGAGGAACUCACCAGGUAUCUUCUGUACCUCCAGUUGAAGAGGGACAUCUAUCAUGGCCGCCUGCUCUGCCCUUUCGCUGAUGCUGCCUACCUGGGAGCCUGUAUAAUACAAGCGGAGCUGGGCGACUAUGACCCAGAGGAACAUCCUUCAGAUUACAUCAGAGACUUCAGACUUUUCCCCAAACAGUCUCUGAAGCUGGAACAAAAGACACAAGAAUCAUCACAAAAUGUCUGCAGGGGGCAGUGUGCCGCACUCGCAGAACUGAACAUGGUGCAAAGAGCCCAGAGCCUGGAGACGUACGGCGUGGACCCUCACCCCUGCAAGGAUUUUACAGGGUCCACGGCGUUUCUGGGAUUCACGGCCACUGGGUUUGUGGUCUUCCAGGGAAACAAAAGGAUCCACCUGCUCAAAUGGGCCGACGUCAGCAAGCUCAAGUUUGAGGGGAAGACCUUCUACGUCAUCGGGAUCCAGAAAGAGAAGAAACUGGUGCUGACGUUUCACACCUCGACUCCCGCCGCCUGCAAACACCUGUGGAAGUGCGGCGUGGAGAACCAGGCCUUUUACAAAUGUGCGAAGUCCAGUCAGAUCAAGACAGUCUCCAGCAGCAACAUCUUCUUUAAAGGGAGUCGCUUCAGAUACAGUGGACGAGUGGCCAAGGAGGUGAUAGAGGCCAGUUCAAAGAUUCAGAGAGACCCACCCGAGGUCUACAGAGCUCAUUUUGGACAGAGUCGAAGCUUCAACUCUCUGAGCCAUAAAAACCUCAUCAUGAACAUGGAGCCUCUGGUCCCGGCUCUGCCCUCCCCGAGCGAGUACGAGGAGGCCGCUCCAGACACCAGUGAUCUGCCACUCAACAGAGAACCCAAUAUAGGCGCCCCCCUUGUCUCCGGUCAUCCCCCAACCUCCGCCCUGCGCCCUCAGGACCGAGAAGAAGAGGAGGAAGAGGAGGAAGAAGACAACAGCCAACCACUCACCAUCUCUGAGCUGGCCUACAGCCCGUGUGCCAGUCUGCUGCCCACCCCGGUGGAGGACACCCAUGGAGGGGUGGACCUGCUCUUCUCGUCCCCGGUCCAGAGCCCCGCGCGGCUGCUCCGGGAGCUCCACGCCGACCCGGACAUCCAGGCUCAGCUCGAGGCCGAACGCGAGCGGGACCGAGCCUACGAGCGCACGCGAUUGGCCGCCAGCCGGAGCGUGGGCGGCGUCCUGGGCCUGCUCUCGUCCAACGAGCGGGUGCGGUCGUGCGUGUGGAGCGUGGUGCGCCUGGUCGCCGUGGUGAUGGGGGUGUUGUUGGUCACCGUGCCGACGCUGCUGCUGCUGCUGGAGUCCGACCUGGAUGUUUCGUUCCUCCACGAGAUCAGACAGACGCCGGAGUUUGAGCAGUUCCACUACGAGUACUACUGCCCCCUGCGCAGAUGGGUGCUGUGCAGGAUCAGCAACGCCAUGGAGAGCCUCUGGUCCGACUAG